AUGGAUACCUCUAUAGAGAACAACACUCAUCUCUACGAUAAUCAUUUUAAUGAUGUCAGUUCCAUGUUUCAAAAUAGUACCGUUAUCCUAGAGUCUGGACUGCCGUAUUCGAUAGAUGAUACUAAGGAGACAAGUAAUGAGAAGGAGUCUCACAAUGACGAUAACAAUGAACAACAACCAUUGGAAAAUGAAAAACUUUUGUUAAAAGAAGAGGUCAUAGAGUGUAACGUUGUUAACACAACUAAAAAUUUCGAUAUCUUGUACCAUAUUGUAGGCACUAUUGCUGGUAAGGAUAAACUGGCAAAAAUUAUUAGAUAUUCAUUGGAUUUAUUACGUUUGUUAUUAGUAUAUUUUAAUGGGAAAUUAAGGGAAAAAAAUCCAAACUUAACCGUUUUUUAUAAAAAUUUUAAUAAGUUAAAGGGAAAUUACUCUUUGUUUAAAUAUUUUAUCAAAUUCCCAUUAACAACUAUAAAAUUUUUUCUAAUCUUUUCAUUUAAAUCAGUAGAGAAAAAAAUCUCAUUCAUUAAUUCACAAUUGUCCACUUUUAGAUAUAUCCUGAGAUUCGGUUAUUUACCAUUUUACCUAUUGCCUUAUCUAGAUAAAUUGAAAUCAAUUGCAAAAUCUCCACAUACAAUAGGGAAAAUCGCCUUAAAUGAAACUUUCUUACAAGAUACUCUAAACAUUUACUAUUCGAUCUUUGAUGAAUUAGACACAUUGUAUAAAUUGAACCUUUGGUCAAACGACCAAUUCUAUAACAUCGUUGGAAGACACGAAGCCUAUUCAUGGCAAUUAGAUAUUUUAUUAGCUUUGAAAAAUAACUGGCUAUCUUUGAAAAGUUUAGAAAGAAAAGAAUUAGAGUUGCAAUUAAAAUUGCAAUUUAAGGAAGAAGCAUUAGAACUAUCAAAUUUCUACAAUAACUUCAAUAACGAUAAUGACAAAAAUAAUAAUAAUAAUAUUAUUAACAAUAAUGAUAACGAUGACACCAAAACAGAAAAACCAGAUUCUGUAAUUUCAUAUUCUUUCUCAAAUAGUUUCUCCACUUCAGAUAUCGAACAACAAUUAAAAUCAAUCAAAGAUCAAAAGCUAAUUGUAAAUUUGGAUUUAGUAAGGUUGUCCUUUGAUUUAAUGGCAAAUACAACUGACGUAUUCAAUAUGAAAGUCCCAACUGGUACUUACUCGAUCUUAUCUCUGUGCUCUGGUAUAACAGGGUUCAUUAAAAUUUGGAUAAACACUAGGAGAGAAUUAUCAUCAAAUUAA